AUGAUGCGCAUACGCCCUAUAAUACCGCGCAAUGUCUGGCGAGGAAACAUAUCUGUCCGCCAAUGGAACCAGGCGCGCUCCGUCGCCACUGCACCUGGCGGUAAGCGGGCGCGCUCAAAGGAGCAGCACCACUACUGGACCGAUGAGAAACUAUCUACACCUGCCGAGUAUUCCUUGAGUGCGGCCAUGGCGGAAAGGAUACAUCCCAACAAGGAGGAAGCAGCGCCGAAGAAGAGGAGAACACGGAACGAAGGCGCGGCGAUAGUAAAAGGCGGCGUUCACGUCAGAACACAGAUCGUAAGUCCCGACCUAUGCGAUGACGUCCUCAAAUACGCCGGCCAUACGUUAGAUAAGCACAAAGGCUGCGAUAUCCUCGACAUCAACCCUGGCGCCGGGCUCUGGUCACAGAAGCUGCACGAAUACCUCCAACCGCGCAGCCACGUGCUCCUCGAACCGCGACACGAAAAGUUUAAAGACUUUCUUGACCCUCUUCUCACUGCACCCGGCUCCAGGUACUCACUCGUCGAACAAGACCCGACCGUACUCCAGACAUACCGGGACAUGGUUGCAAACGGUGUGUUCCCACACCAGACUGUGCUGGACGCUGAAGACCCCAAAGCACAGGAACCAAACAACACCCUGUUAGUGACUGGCUCUCUGGCAUGGGAUCCAAGACUUCCCGGCCUUGGUUUUGACUCAAUGGCGAAACAGCUCGCCUACCACUUUGCCUCCGCUGCCUGGACAAACGAUCUAUUUCAUGCCUAUGGCAUGGUUCGUACCUUACUGUGGGUACAGCACGACGACUUUAGCGGCAUGAUUGCCCAAUCUAUCAACGAAAUGACCAAAACAAACCGCCUCAUGCAAAUGUUACAAGACACAACCCUCUUCAUCCAACCAGAGCGCGCCUCGCGCAGCACGGGCAGAGCCUCUUCGGGCCGUGAACCACAGUACGAGAUCGAGGCCAUUGUCCGCGCUCUGAAGAAAGGGAAAGAGAAUGGGAUGGAGCUACCAUCACAUCGGCGCGACCACAUCCACGACUUUGCUGAAGAAGUCGACCAGAUUUCCAAUGGCACAGGCGUGACCAGUUUUCAAACGAUUCAAGAUUACCUUCGCACGCAACAGUUGGCGGGUAGAAACCCCAUUGGCCUGCUUUCACCUGGUCUCAUCGAGUACUACGAUUUCAUGAGACGUGUAAUCAACGUCUUUCCACAAGUCGAUCUUAACGAUCCGACAGAUGCAAAAGGCAAAAGAACCAAACGGCCGGUACCCCCUGACCACCCUUACAAGGACGACAUACGGAAAUUCUACAGAGAAAGUACUGGUAUGGCGCUGACUCAGAGAAAGAAACUGUUGGCAGCAUCCAUAGCAGACAUUGGCGAGGCUAUAUACAAGCUCGAAUGCAAGAUUGUUGACAUGCCAGACGGCCCUGAAAAAGCUGCUGCAAUGGCCGAGCUAAGCGAUCUUGAAACCCAGUGGAAGCAGGGCCUCGACAGUCAAAAUGCCAACUAUGCUAAGGUACCUGCAACAGAGAUCGAUGACCGCCUCGCUAUACGCUCGCCGCCCUCACCUCGUCUCCAAUCCGACUCCCGUCCUUUCGAGCCCCUCGUCAUGCGUAAGAAUGAGGCUUGGCCCCAGAGCCGGCUGGCCCUCGUCUCUGCUGAGCCCUUCCCCAGGCCUGUCGGCGGAUCCCCCGACUUCUACGAGUGGGCGCGAGAUUUUAUCUUCGGACUCUUCGCGCACCCCUCCGAUGGUAUCAAUCAUGCUCUCGACAAGCUGCAACAUGGCCUCAGCGACAUUAUAAAAGAUUGUCCCAGUUUGAAAGAUCCGAAGAAAGGUGGUAGACUGCAAAUGGAGCAUCUCAGGGUUAGGAUGCUAACAUCCGAGAUGAUUCUGGAGCUUGUGGAAGCGUACAGGACCUGGCCGUUCAAAGAGCCAGGCAGUGAUAGCAAUCAGUACUUCAAGUACAAGCAUGCUGGACAAACGUGGAUUGGACAGUCUGCGGAUCGAUGA